GCCAAAAUUUGAAGGUCCUAGACUUCGGUCUCUCAGGCCUUACCUUAGAACUGACCCUAAAAGAAAAAGUUCGUAGCUGAUCUUAUUUGAGAAUCCGGAAAGGCCCCUUGGAUCCUCCCGUUGCCAAGUCUCGAAGGAAGUAAAGUCACAAAACAUUUCUUCUUUUUUGCAAAAUUUAUCCAAAACAUUUCCAAUAUUUGGAAAAGCAUAAUCAUCAUCUCUCAUCUCAUCAGACAAAGAGGAGGUUUAUGGUGUGCAUGUAUCGGGGGCUUGUGACCAUGACGAAGAAGGCUUUCCCUUCUUCUUCAUCUUCUUCUUCUGUUCAAGAAUUAUACGACCUCUGUAAAAAGACCUUUACGCCCUCAGGAACAUCUCCCGCUUCUCCUCAUGCCAUCCAGAAGCUCUGCUCUCUCUUGGACACAAUACGUCCUGCUGAUAUUGGUCUCAAGGAGGAAGAUCAGGGGGAUGAUAGAGGGCAUGGAUUAUUUGGGCUUCCUCGCUUUAAUAGAGUCGGACGAUGGGCUCAACCGAUAACAUACGUGGAUGUACAUGAGUGUGAUAGUUUUACGAUUUGUAUAUUUUGCUUUCCAACUUCUUCUGUUAUUCCACUCCACGAUCAUCCUGGGAUGACUGUUUUGAGCAAAGUUCUCUAUGGCUCCUUGCAUGUAAAAGCUUAUGAUUGGGUUGAGCCUGAAAAAAUGCAAAGAAGCAUGGGACCAAAUGACUCACCAGUGAGAUUGGCAAAAUUGACGGUUGAUAAAGUGCUAACAGCACCGUGUGGAACCUCAGUUUUGUAUCCAAGUCGAGGAGGUAAUGUGCAUUGUUUUACAGCAAUCACCCCUUGUGCCAUGCUCGACAUACUUACGCCCCCUUACCAAGAAGCUGCGGGCAGAAAAUGUACUUACUACCAUGAUUACCCUUAUUCCAGCUUCACAACAGGAAAAGGAGAUGAGUUAAAUGAUGGCAAUGAAGAGGAUUAUGCAUGGCUUGCACAGAUAGGAACACCAGAUGACCUCUAUAUGCGGUCAGGAGAGUAUCAGGGCCCAGUUAUUAAAGUUUAGCUUCGGUUUGCAUGCGUUGGUGAUCGAGCAUGUGCUUGCGUAACGUUCGAAGUGAGGUUCAGGUCCCAGAAGACAUUUGUAGAGCAUUUAACAACAAUACUCUUAGCCAACAUGAAGACUGAUUUGCCUCUGUACUGUUUGUACUGCAGUUUUUGUAAUACAGUUAACAGCCUUUCACGGAAAACAUUUUGCAAGCAAGGAGUCCUGUUUACCUAAUAACAAAAUGCACAGGUUUUGGUUAA